AUGCUGCAGUCAGCGGGCUCCGGUCUGGCGGCCCGCGGCCCCGGGAGCCGCUUUCACAGCGGAUACAGCGGCAGCACCGCGCCCGCGCCGCCUCCAGCUCCUGCGCACACGGCCAAGCAGAAAGGCUUCUGUCUGGUCAGGAUGAUGAAACUGAGCGGUAAAAAAGCGACCGCGGAUCCGUGGAAGCAGCAGCACCAGCACGGCCCCGUGCCCUUCAUCAUUCACUGCCACAUCGGGAAAGAAAUCAAGCACAUCUGCGGCAACUGCAGCCGCGCCACCGACGCGCAAGACGCGGAGGAGGUGGAGCGGCUGGCUGCCAUGCGUUCCGAGUCACUCGUGUCUGGCACGCACACGCCGCCGAUUCGCCGCAGGAGCAAGUUCGCCACGCUCGGCCGACUUUUCAAGCCCUGGAAGUGGAGGAAGAAGAAGAGCGAGAAGUUCAAGCAGACCUCAGCAGCUCUGGAAAGGGAGAUGUCAGCGAGACAGAGUCGGGAGGAACUGAUCAAGCGUGGAGUGUUGAAGGAGAUCUUCGAGAAAGCUCCGAUUGAAUUCCGGGCCUCCAUGGAAGGCAGCGUUUGUCCUCAGGACCCCUCCCUGAAGUCGUCCCUGGUUCUGCCUGCUAAGAAAUCGGUGGUUUUUCCAGGUGAGGUUCAGGAGAACCCUGCGAAAGCCACGCUCUUCCACAAGCAGCCGCCUGCUCUGCCACCGAAACCUUUCACCCGGCAGCUGAACCACACCAUAGAGUCAUGUCAGACCCUGAAGCUGCCCUGCGUUCAGGGGAAACACUCUCCUCCUCUUCCUCCUAAGAAAGUGAUGAUCUGCGUGCCAUCCGGAGGCCUGGAGCUGCCCGUCUCCUCCCCGAGCCCUCUCGCCACUUACCCUGGGAAGUGCACUCCCAUAAUGCACCACGGCAGCCUGGGGGGUCAUCAUGGGCACCCACACCAGCUGCAGUACGGCAGCGUGCCCAGCCGCAUCAUCGAGGAACUCAACAAGACGCUGGCGCUGUCCAUGCAGAGGCUUGAGAGUUCUGCACUGCAUUCUGGGCAGUGUGGUCUUGUGGAGAGCAGGCCCGUGCCCACGGUGGUCAUCGACUGUGAGGACGAUAAAGAGAACAUGCCCAGUGAGUCGGACUAUGAGGACUUACCCAGCAUGUACAAGGACGACCUGGAGGAGGAAGACGAAGAGGACGACGAAGAGGACGACGACUCGCUGUUCACAAAUACUUUAGCCCUGAAAGUGUUGAGGAAAGACUCGCUGGCUAUAAAGCUGAGUAACAGGCCGUCUAAGAGGGAGCUGGAGGAGAAGAACAUCCUGCCCAUGCAGACGGAUGAGGAGAGGCUCGAGUCCAGACAGCAGAUUGGCUCCAAACUCACACGGAGACUGAGCCAAAGACCCACAGCGGAGGAGCUGGAGCAGCGAAACAUCCUGAAACCACGGAAUGAACAGGAGGAGCUGGAGGAGAAGAGGGAAAUCAAACGGAGACUCACACGUAAGCUCAGCCAAAGGCCUACAGUGGAGGAACUCCGGCAAGCCAAGAUCCUGAUCCGCUUCAGCGAUUACGUAGAAGUAGCCGAUGCUCAGGACUACGACCGGCGGGCUGAUAAACCCUGGACACGCCUCACUGCUGCAGACAAGGCUGCCAUACGGAAGGAGCUCAACGAUUACAAGAGCACAGAGAUGGAAGUGCAUGAGUCCAGCCGCCAUUUAACCAGGUGUGAGUCGGCUCUUUGA